AUGUCGUGGGAUUCAGGCAAUAACGCAAACGGUGGCGAUAGCUGGGGCGCCGGUGGUGGCAGUGGUGGCGGCCAAUGGGAUGGCGGUAACAGCACUCCAUGGGAUGGUGGCGGCAGCACGCCCUGGGGUGGCUCUGGUGAUGCCUCUGCUGGUGGUCAAGACAACCCAUUUGCAUCCGGCAACUUUGGUGGUGGUGAUUUCGCUGCUUCUUCCAAUGACUAUGGUGCUUCCAAUGACUAUGGUGCUGGUGAUUAUGGCAAUGGCGGCGACUAUGGCGAUAGUGGCGACUAUGACAGCAAGCCUGCACGUACUCCACGCCCUGGUGAUUGGGAUUGCCCAGACUGUGGUGUGAACAACUUUGCCAGUCGUGAUGCUUGCUUCAAGUGCAGUGCUCCUCGUCCAGAAGGUAUGGGCCCACCCAAACGUGAACCUCGUCCUGGUGAUUGGGAUUGCCCAAGCUGUGGUGUGAACAACUUUGCCAGUCGUCAAGAAUGUUUCAAAUGCAAUGAACCCCGUCCUGAAGGUAUGGGUCCUCCUAAGCGUGAACCUCGUCCUGGAGAUUGGGAUUGUCCUUCGUGUAACAUCAGCAACUUUGGUACCCGUACCGAAUGCUUCAAGUGCGGAGCUGCUCGUCCCGAAGGCAUGGGUCUUCCUCCACCAGAAGAUCGUCCUGAACGUGCUUACAAUUGGGCUUCCAACCGUGCUCGUUAUGAGUUUAAUGAAAAUGCUGUUGGUGAAGAUGGCAUGGCUCCACGUGAUGAAAAAUUGGAAGCUGAACUUUUCGGCUUUGAUCCUACUGAACAACACACUCCUUUGGAUUUCUCAAAGUACGCCAACAUUCCUAUCAACAUUGAACGUGGUGAAGCUCCUGCUCCUGUCAAGGACUUUGACUCUGCCAAUUUGCAUCCUGUCAUGAAGGAAAACAUUCGUCUCGCUCGCUAUACUCAACCUACCCCUGUGCAAACCAUGUCUAUUCCUAUCGUCACCAAUGGAAAGGAUUUGAUGGCUUGUGCUCAAACUGGUUCUGGUAAAACGGCUGCUUUCCUUAUUCCCACCCUUUCUGGUCUCUUUGGUCGUGCCAAGGAACUUGCUCAACCUCGCCCUGCUCCUUUCGAAUACCGCAGCUUCAAGGCUGAACCUUUGGUUGUCAUCAUUGCCCCUACUCGUGAAUUGUGUUCUCAAAUUUUCGAUGAAUGCAGAAAGUUCACUUACAGAAGCAUGUUGAGACCUUGUGCCGUUUAUGGUGGUGCCGAUACUCUUUCUCAAAUUCGUCAACUUGAGAGAGGUUGUGACAUUUUGGCUGCUUCUCCUGGUCGUUUGAUGGAUUUCAUUGAGCGUGGCAAGAUUUCUCUCAAGCGUGUUCGUUACCUCGUUCUUGAUGAAGCUGAUCGCAUGUUGGAUAUGGGUUUCGAAGCUGUCAUUCGUGCCAUUGUUGAAAAGAGAGGUCUCAACCCUGAGCGCCAAACUCUCAUGUACAGUGCCACUUUCCCUCGUGCUAUCCGCAAGUUGGCUCGUGAUUUCUUGCAGCCCGAUUAUCUUUUCUUGAAGGUUGGCCGUGUGGGUGGUACCACUUCUUCCAUCACUCAAAAGAUGCUCUACGUGGAAGAAGAGAACAAGCGUGAAGAACUUCGUACCCUUUUGAACUCCCAACCUCCUAGCAGAACCCUUAUCUUUGUUGAAACCAAGCGUAGUGCUGACAGUUUGGAUCAAUACUUGUAUGAGCGUGGUUUCCCAUCCACUUCCAUUCAUGGUGACCGUACCCAAAUGGAAAGAGAAGAUGCUUUGAUUGCUUUCAAGCAUGGUCGUUGCCCUAUUCUCGUUGCUACUGCUGUUGCUGCCCGUGGUAUUGAUAUUCGCAAUGUCAUGCACGUUAUCAACUACGAUAUGCCCGAGAGCAUGGAUGAAUACAUUCAUCGUAUUGGCAGAACUGCUCGUGUCGGUCGCUCUGGUCUUGCCACCUCGUUCUACAACGAGCGCACCUCCCACUUGGCUCCUGAACUUGCUAAGCUUUUGAAGGAAUGCAAGCAAGAGAUCCCCGAAUUCUUGCAAAUGUAUAUUCCUGAAGACAUUACUUGGGAAGAAGAUCUUCCUGAAGAAGAUGUCCCUGCACCAAGCUAUGCUGGUCAAGAAUAUGUUCCUAUGGAACGUCCUGGUUUCGGUGCUCCUCCUGGUGCUCCAGCUGGUGGUGAUGGCUAUGGUGAUAGUGCUGGUGGUGCUCCUGCUCGUGAGGGUGACUGGAACUGCCCAAGCUGUGGCAUCAACAACUAUGCUCGUCGCACUGAAUGCUUCAAGUGUAACACUCCUAACCCCAACCCAAGCAGUGGUGGUGGUAGCCGUGAACGUCGUGAUGGCGAUUGGGAUUGCACUUGUGGCGUUGUCAACUAUGCUCGUCGUACCGAAUGCUUCAAGUGUGGUGCUCAACGUGAAGGUGGCGGUGAUGAUUAUGGCUAUGGUGCCUCUGGUGAUUAUGGUGCCUCUACUGCUGAUGCUGGUACCGGUGCUGGAUGGGAUGCCAACGCUGCUUCUGCUGGAUGGGAUUCUGGUAACAAUGGUGCUACUGGUGGCGGUUGGGAUGCCAACGCUGCUUCUGCUGGAUGGGAUUCUGGUAACAAUGUUGCACCAGCUACUGGUGGUGGAUGGGGUGAACCUGCUGCUGCUCCUCAAGAAGCACCUGCUGCUGCUGCUGGUGGAUGGGGUGAACCUCAACAACAACAACAAUCAUCUCCUGCUCAACCUGCUGCUGGUGGAUGGGGUGAGCCUGCACCUGCUGCUCCUGCUCAAGCUACACCUGCUGCUAGUGGUGGAUGGGGUGAACCUACACCUGCUGCUCAACAACAACCUGCUGCACCUGCUGCUGCUGCUGGUGGAUGGGGUGAACCACAACAACAACAAUCAUCUCCUGCUGCUAGUGGUGGAUGGGGUGAACCAGCUGCUCAACAACCUGCUGCACCUGCUGCUACUGCUGCUGGUGGAUGGGGUGAACCUCAAAAGCAACCCUCACCUGCUCCUCAAGCUGCUGGUGGAUGGGGUGAACCUCAACAACAACAACAACAAUCGCCUGCUCAACAACCUGCUACUGCUAAUGGUGGAUGGGGUGAACCUGCUCCUAAGCAACCAGCUGCUCAACAACCUGCUAGUGGUGGAUGGGGUGAACCAGCUGCACCUACUCCUCAACAACCACCUGUAAACAAUGGAUGGGGAUCUCCAGCUCCUGCUGCACAAACGCCACCAGCUGCUGCUACACCACCUCCACAACAACAACAACCUCCUGCACCUGCUCAACCUGCUCAACCUGCUCAACCUGCUCAACCUGCUCAACCUGCACCUGCUGCUGCUGAUGAUGGAUGGGGUGCUGCUCCUGCUCAACCUGCUGGUGAUGGAUGGGGUGCUCCUCCUGCAAAGCCUGGUGGUUUUGGAUGGUAA